GUCAGUUCCUGUGGGCAGCGCCUGACAGGCUCGACGCUCUCCUUUCUGCAGUUCAAGGGAAAGACGAGAUCUUGCACAAGGCGCCCCGACUCUGUCCUCCGCAAAGGAAGGAGGCCAUGGAGACUCUGGGGCUGCUCCUCCUGCUCUGGGUUGCAGAGCUGUCCCGGGCACACAACACCUCGGUGUUCCAGGGCACGGCCGGCCAGUCCCUGCGGGUCUCCUGCUCCUACAACUCCUUGAAGCACUGGGGGAGACGCAAAGCCUGGUGCCGCCAGCUGAGCGAAGAGGGCCUGUGCCAGCACGUGGUCAGCACCCACCCCACCUGGCUGCUGUCCUUCCUGAAGCGGCGCAACGGGAGCACGGCCAUCACGGACGAUGCCCUGGGCGGCACACUCACCAUUACGCUGCGCAAUCUUCAAGCCCACGACGCUGGCCUCUACCAGUGCCAGAGCCUCCACGGUAGCGAGGCCGACACCCUCAAGAAGGUCCUGGUGGAGGUGCUGGCUGACCCCCUUGAAUCCCAGUCCAAGAGCUUCCAGGAUGUCCAGAUGGAGCACAGCAUCUCCAGGAACCUUUCGGAGGAGAGCCUCUUCCCACCCACCUCCACCCUUUUCCUCCUGGCCUGCGUCUUUCUCAGCAAGCUUCUAGUAGCCAGCGCCCUCUGGGCUGCAGCCUGGCAUGGGCACAAACAGAGGACUUCCCCAGCCGGUGGGCUGGACUGUGGCCGUGACCCAGGCGACCAGGACCAAACCCUGACAGAUGAGCUUGGCGAGAGCAGUGACCAGGACCAAACCUUGACAGAGCUGAGAGACACGUGAGAGAAGCGGAGAGGCCAGCAGAGGUCUGCAUGGACCAGCCCAGCCAGCACACUCACCCCUUGGCCACUGAGUCUCCUGGUUCUGCUUUGGCAAAAGGCCACUCUGCCUGUACCCUGCUUCCUCUGGCCUCUGGAAGUGGAGAUUUGUGUGUGUGUG